AUGCAUGCACAAAAUGAAUCAUCUCCACUAUCUGAGGUACUAAGUGCCCAAGAUCUCGUCGACUUUUCCCCCGUGUACAGAUGUCUGCACAUAUAUACUGCACUGGACGUGACCGUAGCUGGACCAUCUUUAUUUGCCCAGAGGAUAAUUGCAAUUGCAACUAUGUUGUUGUCAGCCUGGAGUCAUAUAUGGACCAAACCAGACUUUGCCAGAUCCGGACCGGUGCCUGGGUUCCAAGGGGACACGCUGCAGUUGGCCUUCAUCGACUUGAGACAACUCCUGGAUCUCUUCAUCCAAUGGGAUUGGUCAACGUACCUAGCUGAUUAUGGGCAGUCCAACUGCAAAUACCUGAGGGUGAAUCCAAUGACAGCCCUCGCCCUGCUGGACAAAAUGAAAGAUACCAGCAGGAAGAACAAUGUCUUUGCACAGUUCCGUAAGAAUGAACGUGACAAGCAGAAGCUCAUCGAUACGGUGGCAAAACAGCUCAGGAGUCUGAUCAACAGCAUGUCCCACCAACAUUGAAUUUAUUCCCAUCUUUCACUCCUUCCCUUCCUUCUCCCUCCAUUCCUCUUAAUUGCACAUAAUGCUGGAUUUUGGACAAUGUGUCAUGACGACCAUGGAAACCGAGACCAGUUCAUUCCUUUAAAGGGGUGACAAGUGUUUUUUUUAUUGUUGUUGCUUUUGUUUGUUUACAAACACGCUGUGGAAUGUUGCAAACUGCCUCACAAGGCAUCGUGAGGCUGCUGUGAUGGUAAAGUACAACACCACUGCUUGGUAUGUCUCCUGCAGACACAUGUGGCUUUGCUAAUCACUUCAAGGACAUGAUGCCCCUUUUGCAAGAAAAAAAAAAGACAUCUCUUUUUAGUUCAGAGGUUUUCUUAAUGGAUGAGAGAAUUUUGCGCAGCAGUUCUAAGUGAAAAUCUUCCGAUCCUAUGCGAGAUUUUAUGACCUACAGAAAAUUGGAGGGUUCCUAGAAAUUCUGGAGUAUUGAUCCUCCACGUGGACUGUGCAAUGAAAUAGUCCUCCUUCAUCAGCCACAAAUCCUCUUCCUGUCUCUCCAUUCCACCUCCAUUCCAGGCCAACCUGCAUCAAGUGGAGCUGUACAUUCAAACCUCAUCACUGCCAUUUGCCAUCAGAAUAACUCAUUAACUAAGAGAUAUGACUUGGAACAACACCCUUCCAAUUGGAAAUCAAGACUCGUGAUUGUCAAAACAAAAAUCAGCAUAUAUUCUUUUGUUCACGGUGCCUUUUUUUUAAUCGUAUAAAACAGCAAACAUUGAUGACAUUUGUAAAGGGAAUGGCGAUGCCAACAGAACAACAUUAGUAGACACACAGUUAGUAACAGAGAGUGCGGGGAGAGGGAUUGCUGAGUGACAUGGGCGCUGGUUAGUUCAGUUGGCUGGCUAGCAUGUUUGCAAUGCAGAGUGAUGCCAACAGUGCAGGUUCAAUACCUGAACCAACUUAGUGUACCACAAUGGGUACGCUUUCUCAACCUCUCCUCUCGCCCAAGGCUUCAGCUAAACUCAUCCUUUCUAGUGAGAUAGAACCCCAAUGGUCCACUGGGGCAUGGCGCCUUUACUAAAUUUUACUGAGUGGCUGUGAGGGAGCUAAAUUAAUAUCAGUAGAGAUGCAAUCAUAGAGUUGUACGGCACAGAAACAGACCCUUCAGUCCAACUCGUCCAUGCUGACCAGAUAUCCUAAAUUAAUCUAACCCCAUUUGCUAGCAUUUGGCCCAUAUCCCUCUAAGCCCUUCCCAUUCAUGGACCUAUCCAGAUGCUUUUUAAAUGUUGUAAUUGUACCAGCCUCCACCACUUCCUCUGGCAGCUUGUUCCAUACACACACCACCCUCUGCGUGAAAACGUUGCCUCUUACUCUCUCACCUUAAACCAAUGCCCUCUAGUUUUGGACAUCCCUACCCUGGGGAAAAGACCUUGGCUUUUCACCCUAUCCAUGCCUCUCAUGAUUUUAUAAACCUCUAUAAGGUCACCCCUCAUCCUCCGACACUCCAGGGAAAAUAGCCCCAGCCUAUUCAGCUUCUCCCUACAGCUCAAACCCUCUAAUCCUGGCAACAUCCUUGUAUCUUUUCUGAACCCUUUUAAGUUUCACAACAUCUUUUCUGUAGCAGGAAGACCAGCAUUGCACUCAGUAUUUCAGUAGUGGCCUAACCAGUGUCCUGUACAACACAACAUGACCUCCCAACUCCUAUACUCAAUGCACUGACCAAUAAAGACAAAUGUGCCAAAUGCCUUCUUUACUACCCUGUCUACCUGCGACUACACUUUCAAGGAACUAUGAACCUGUAACCCAAGGUCUAUCUAUUUGUUCAGCAACAUUCCCCAGGACCCGACCAUUAAGUGUAUAAGUCCUGCCCCGAUUUGCCUUUCCAAAAUGCAGCACCUCACAGUUAUCUAAAUUAUCUAAAUAAGUCAAUAACACAGGGCACUGGAUAAGGCAACUCAAUAUUUCAGUACCCAUCGUGCACAGACAGACAUGGAAUGUGCAAACUCUGCCUGUGGACCAGAUCUAGUUGGGUUCAGACAGACUUUGUUAGGUGUGAUAUCUCAGGGACUUUGUGUUUUCCCUGUAACAAAAACAAACAAAUGUGCGCAGUUCACUAGCACAGAGAAUCAGGAAGCUUCUCAGUAUUUGUCCCAUCAGGAUUACAGUUCCCAUUAUCUUAUUGCCGUCUCUUGCUUAACAGAGCCAGGUGGAAGAAUGCCCACUGGAAAGGGAUAGGCUGACCCAUCAACAGCUCAGCACCGAGCUCACAUGAGUGGUCUCGUUGACAUUUAUGUCUAGCAACCUGACUUAGACAUCAGGGUGAGUGAGUGUAACCUACCAUUGUGUCAUCAUCACCAGUUUGUGUCUCAAAGUGACUCAAAUAGUGGAUAAAUAAGGAAGUUACUGAUGAAAGACGAACAAGCACCACAGCUCUCGUGACGUUAAAGUGGGAAGAGUUGCAAAGGAGGCAGCUGCCUCAACAUCGGUACACUCACCCUGCAUGAACCAAAUCUCAUUACAGGAUUUGUCUUUCAUUAGUAUGUGAGAUUUCACAGACUUUCAUAGUUCUUGUGAUUGUUCAACUUUACUUGUAGCAGAUGGAAUGCCUUAUUUGCAAUCACUGUUGACUUUUAAGGCACAGUGAAGUGUACAGGCCCAGCAUGAGUUGAGAAGCAAAAUUCCUUUGCGUAUAUCAGCUGUAAAAUGAAGAGAGUGCCCACUGCUGCUGCAGUGUGAGUAUUCCUUCAGCCAGCCCAGCCAAACACUGUAACUUCAAAGGAAUUGGAGGGCCAAUGUAAAGGAUCUAUGAGAGGAGCUCGCAGUUACUACAAGAAAAUAGGAGUAGUGGCUCCCAAGAGCUAGAUUUGGUGUUUCACCCAAGGUUGAGUGGACAAGUUACAUAUAUUGGAUCAUUCCUGAAACACUCUUAUCAUUCAGACAACAAUGUGAAACAUUGUACAGCAGAGUAGCACUUUCACUUCAAGAAUAUCUACCUUCCAGAGGUAGCAGAUGUUGUGUUUGUCCUCUCCGCCUCCAACCCUACCUCUCUGUCUCACCAACUGAUCUUGCCCAGAGUUCCAGUUGAGGUGCAUUCUCUUUGACCUGCUCAUCAUCAGUUUAGUUGGGAAGAAUUAAACUAGCUUUGUGACUGGUCACAUCCUGUGACCCUUUUUCUCCUUCAGGCAGUUGAACUAUGUGUGGAUGAAAUUUGGAAUGUGAUGUCCCCACCUAAAAAUAUUCUGUUGACUGACUCUCUGGACAGGCUGGGAUUAAGGUCGACCUGCUUAGCAAAACUGGACUGCAACAAGAAUCAACAGCUUCAGGAGAGACGAAACGAUGACUGAGGCAAGAAUAUGCCUACAAGUACUCCCGUCUUGGGACAGUUUUAUUUUACUAUCGGUAAUAAUGUUACUGACUCUGAAGGCAUUCUCAGUGCUGCUUUUAAGCGUUUCCUUCAUCAAGAUUACCAGACUGGCACAAGGCACAAUUGGUGGUUAAUCUGAAAUUUCUUAAGGAACUGCUGUGACCUCUUUCUCCCUACUGUGAGCAGCAUCAGAUACUCAAUUGUACUAACAAGAUAAGCAGGACAAAAAUUGAAGUCUACGCAUGUUGGAAGUUGGAGGAUUUAAAGGGACAGGAAGCCAUGGAUUUGUACAGUCAACAUCUGUUAGAGGCAAGGUUAGUGACUGACCAGAUGGAAUCUGAUUAAGGCCUGAAUAGAACAACAACAACUUGUAUUUAUAUAGUACCUUUAAAGUAGCACAGUUUACCAUGAUGCUUCACAGGGACAGUUGUGCAAAACUUGGCACUGAACCACAUAGGAUGAUAUUAAAGCAGAUCAAUAAAAGACUGGUCAAAGAGAGAUUUUACGUAGUGUUUUCAAGGAGGGAAGAGAGGUGGGAGGGGUUUUAGGAGGAUUUUGGAACUUGUAGCCUCCAAGGCAUGGCAGUUGAAUAACUUUAAGGAUGCUCAGGCCAAAAUUAGAAGGAGCGCAAAUAUCUGAGAGCGAGUUGGAGGAGAUGACGGGCGUGGGAAAAUCUGUUAUCCACAGAUCUGAAAACACUUUGAAAUCAGUGUUUUGUUUAAUUGAGAAUCAUGUGGGUCAGCGAGCGCAAUGUACUGUCUGAACAGUACUUAUUGUAACUUCGAACACAGACAACAGAGUUUUGGACUGUCUCAGGAUAGAACAUGGGAGGCUAGCCAUAGUGCAUUGGAAAUGCCAACUCUAGAGAAAACAAAGGCAUGGAUGAGGUUUCUGGAGACGAUCAUCUGAGGCAAAGGAGAAAAUGGACGCAGUGGGCUGAAUGGCCCCCUUCUUGAAUCUUUCUGUGUUGGAGAGGUAGAAAUAGGCAGUCGAACUGGUGGCAUGGAGAUGUGGAAGCUCAUAUUGUCAACUGUGAUGCCAGUUUGCAAAUGAUCUGAUUCAGCUUGAGAUUGUUGCAAAGACGAGAAAAAGAAAUAUAAGUUUGUAGCUAGGAAAAGGAGUUUGAGAUGGGGCAGGAGGCAACGGUGUUAGUCUUCCUAAUAUUUGGAGGAAAUUUCUGAUUAUCCGCUGCUGGAUGUCGUACACGCUGUUUAAUAAUUUAGAAAGGGUUGAAAAAUCAAGGGUGAAGUAGAGCUGAGUGUAAUCUAUAUAUGGGUUUCUGACUGACAUCACCAAAACGGCAGCAGAUGAAUGAGAAGGAACCCAGGAUCUAUUCUUAGCAUCACUAGAGUAAUGGCGCUCAAGCAGAAAGAGAAGUCGCCACAGGGGUUUAUCUCUAGGUACAACUGGGCAAUCAAGAAUGGAACUAAGUGAAUGGGGACCAUAGUGAAGAGAUAUUGGAAGACACAGUGUGGUCAACUGUGUAAAAGGCCCAGACAAAUUGAGAAGAACAAGGUGGGAUAGUUAAGAACAAAAACAGAAAUUGCUGGAGAAACUCAGCGGAUCUGGCAGCAUCUGUGGAGAGAAAGCAGGACCUACGUUUCAGGUCCAGUGACUCUUCUUCAGAGCAAGAACAUGAGAGCCCUGUUCAGAAAGAGGGUCACUGGACCCGAAACAUUGACUCUGCUUUCUCCCUACAGGUAUCACCAGAUCUGAGUUUCUCCAGCUAUUUCUGUUUUUGUUUCAGAUUUCCAGCAUUUACAGUUCUUUGUUUUUUUUUGGUGGGAUGGUUUAGCUUUGUCACAGUUGGUGAGGUUUUAACUUGUUUUUUUCUGAUUACUGAAUUUCAGUACAGUGGCAGGAGUGGAAAUCUGAUGGGACUAAUUCAAAGGAAAAGUUCAAGGAAAGCUGGGCAUAGAUUUUGGAGGUUCAAGGAUUUUGGAGAGAAUACUGAGCUGGGUUGGUAGUUUGUAAGUACAGAUAAGUGUUCACAGCAGAUUUUAAGGAGAGUUUUAACAUCUGAGGGAAGACUGUUAAAACUGUAAGCAGGAUUGUAAAGAAUGGGGAACGAUAAUUAAACCCCACAAGCCCCUUUGCCUUUUCACUUUUUAAUUAAGCUAUUCAGCAUAAUCAUUCCCAAAUCACUAAAUCUCUUAUUCACCACAUCCCUCAAUUUCAUCCCACUAUUUAUCUGAAUCUGCUAUUCACUUUCUCAUUCUCACUAUAUCCUCAAUUAUCACUACAUCUUCCUCACUACAUUUUUCAAUCUCUUCUCACCACAAAUCUCAAUCUGUCAUCACCAUUUCUUUCAACAACUCCAUUAAUAUUCUUCAAUUUUUCCUCGCCUCUCUCAAGCUCUUUCUAUCCAAUCCCUGAAUCUCUGGAUCAUCAUAUCCUCUCACUGCAUCUCAUCAUAUACCUGUAUACCGUAUCCCUUCAAAAACAUGCACUGAUAAUAUCUCUGUCCAGUUCCACAGCCCAAUUCAAAGUCCUUUGCUGGAAACUGAUUCCACAGCUUGUUACUUUGGAUGACAGCUUCCCACUUCCUUCCCUUCUUCGCCCUGAUGUAAUUUUUGCAACAUGUCAACUGGAAUGGAUUUCUUUAUGAACCAGCUUGCCUCUUGAUUGACUUUAUAAUCUUUGUGAUUCUCAGUUGAGUUCUCCUUUUUUUCAAAAGAUGCUGAGCAAGGAGUUUACUAUAGAUGGUAAUUGGCUGGCUGUAUGUUUUCAGGAUCUUUCUGUUUUAACAUUCAUAUGCACUAACACUUUUGAGUAAACUACGUCGCUCAGAAAGACUGCCCACUUUAUCACUGUACUUUUUAACGGGCAUGCUCAACCCUGCAUUCAGGGGAUUGGGUGGGGAAUGAGCCAUAACCUUUUUUGUUAUUAAUAUGUUAUUAAAAGGGAAUAUCUAAACACAUACAGAAUGUACAUAAUAGAAUCUUUUGGUGAACACAGCUUAUAGUAUCCUAAGCCACUAUGUAAAGAAGGAUACUUGAUUUGCAGAGUCAGUGUUGGAUUUACUGGCGGUUUCUAAACUGACUGUAUAAUCAUUGUAUUACUUGGUGUCAUGUCUUACUUAUGCAUUCCUGGUGUUCAGCCUUUCCUUGGGCUGCUAGGUGGCUACUUUCUGUUUUUUAUCCGUCAGAUAUUCUAUUUGUUGGAAAUUGCACAGGUUUUUGUUUUGCACAGAUGUGGAAUUUACAAAAGAGAAAUGAACAAAUGAGGGGAAAUUGUUUUCUUUGCUUGUUACCCGUUUGCAAGGUGCAAAUUAUCAUGGGAAAAACUUGCUCCUCUCAGUAUACAGUACCAAGGUCGUCCAAAAUAAAACUGCUUAAAUGAC